AUGGUCGCCGGCGCCGGGAACUCCGCAGCCACCGUGAAUUCCGUUGCAAUCGAAACUCCUGCACUGAAUUCCAAAAAACGGAAAUUCGACAGAAACCCAACAAAUGUACCCGACAAACUCCGUCUGAACGAGCCACUGUUUCGCCGCCUCAUUUCCGCCGCCGCUGUGGCACGCUCCUUUCUCCAAACCAACGAUCUCUUCCUCCCUCCAUCCCAAUCUCUCCGCCUCGAAUCCCUCCUCUCAUCUCUCGCAAUCACGCCUUCACCCUCCAUCGCCACGUGGUUCCACCGCUUCUCAACCUCCGCCGCAGAAAACGACGAUCCUCGCUGGUAUCUUUGCUUCCGAAUGUCGAAACCCACUUUCUUCCGACUCCGCUCCAUCCUUUCCUCCUCCGAUUCUCCUCCGCUUCCUUCACACUCACUCGCGGCUACAAUCUUCCGUCUGGCUCACAACGCUUCCUACAAAUCUCUCCUUCUCCGAUUCGGGUUCGAUUCCGUUCCCGACGCUUCCCGAACUUUCUUCGCCGUCUGUAAGCUCAUCAACGAGAAAUUAGGGAAACUCGAUGACCCCAAACCUGAUUAUUCGCCUCGACUGCUCCCGAAUUGCUGCGGUGUGUUAGGAUUCGGGAGAUUCGAGGUAGAUGGGAAGCUUCUCGGGUCAAAAGGGUCACUGAUUGUUCAAGCAUUGGUUGAUUCCAAUGGCAGAUUCUCAGAUGUCUCAGCUGGUUGGCCAAGCACGAUGAAACCAGAAGCCAUUUUCCGGCAAACUAUGCUUUUCUCGAUCGCUGAAGAAACGGAACCGGAGGAAUCGAGAAGCUUCUUGAAUGGAGCUCCGUGCAAACUUGGAGACGGAGGAACAUCGGUGCCUCCUUACGUUCUUGGAGAUUCCUCUCUUCCGUUACUGCCAUGGCUUGUGACUCCUUAUAAUCUGUCUUGUGCAAACGAGGAAGAGGACAGUUUGGAGUCGUCUCGUAGAGAAUUCAACAGUGUGGUUCACACUGCAUUGCGUGAUGUUGCGACUGCGUUUGCCAAGGUUCGAGCUCGGUGGCGAAAUCUUGAUCGGAAAUGGAAGCCGGAGACGAUCGAGUUUCUGCCGUUCCUCGUAACUACAGGUUGCUUGUUGCAUAAUUUUCUUGUGAAUUCUGGGGAUGAUGAACUACCGGAGGGUUGGGUGAAUGGUGUUGUUGCUGGUGAUAAUGGUGAGACGUGGAAAGAUAAAGACGAUGAGGAGGAGAUGAGGCGGUAUGAAGGAGAAGCAUAUGUUGGGUCGAAAAAAAUCAGAGAUGCUAUUGCAGAGAAUCUGAGCCGUGUGAGUUCAAACUAA